AUGAAUGGAGGAGGCUCGAAUAGUUUGCGUUCAGCAUUCUCUUAUUGUGUACAACAAGUACGGAACUACGACUAUCAUCACUACCUCUGUCUCCUUGAACUCCCAACAGAGAUGCGUAAAGCUGCAUUCGCACUCCGGGCUUUCAAUGUAGAGACUGCAAGAGCCAUGGAUGUUGCAUCUGAUCCCAAAAUCGGCUUGAUGCGUUUACUUUGGUGGCAAGAAGCAGUUGACAAACUAUACGCGAAGAAACCCAUAAACCAUCCGACUGCACAAGCACUCUCUUGGGCAAUAUCAGAGCACAAUAUCAGUAAACCUUGGCUAAAACGUUCGGUUGAAGCUAGAAUCCAAGAUGCUCAAAGAGAAGUUGACGAUAUACCAGAGAGUACCGAGGUGCUAGAGAAAUACGCAGAAGACACGGUCUCAACUCUUCUGUACAAUACACUUCAAGCAGGCGGGAUUAGUUCAACAACAGCGGAUCAUGCAGCUUCACACAUUGGUAAAGCCAGCGGUCUUGUCUUGCUACUGAAAUCAUUACCGUAUCACUGUACCAGAAACCGUCACCACAGUUACAUCCCUGCAAAACUCGCUGAAAAGCACGGCUUACUAGUGAAACAAGGCGGACGAUCAGAGAUCCUUCUGGAUAUGAAUUCAAGAGAAGGGCUAUGCAAUGUAGUGUUUGAGAUUGCAUCUGUCGCCAAUGCACAUCUCCUGAAAGCCCGUGAACUGGCGGAAAAAGUUCCAGCUGGUGCUAAACCAGUUCUGCUUCAUUCUGUGCCGGUACAAGUUCUUCUGGAUUCGUUAAACAAAGUACAAUUCGAUGUGUUUGAUCCGAGGAUUCAAAGAGGAGUUCUUGGUGUCCCUCCACUCUUGUUUCAGUUUAAACUCAAGUGGUAUUCAUGGAGAGCUAUGUUCUGA